AUGAGCGACGGAGGACCACCCGAGCCUGUGUUGGAGGUGCCACUUCCCACAGAGAUCCAAGUGCUCGAGACGGCUGAUGAUAUCCAGCACCGUCGUACCGAAGUGCUUUCUCACUACACGCAAUUCAAAGAUUACUCAAAAAGCAAAAGGGAUCGUCUCGAAGAAGCACGACAAUAUCAAUACUUCAAGAGAGAUGCCGACGAAUUGGAGGUGUGGAUUAUCGAGAAAUUGCAAACAGCACAAGAGGAGAGCUUCCGAGAUCCGACAAAUCUUCAAGCAAAGAUUCAAAAGCAUGAAGCGUUCAAAGCCGAGGUGCAAGCCCAUUCGAAGACGAUCAUCACUUUGGACAAAACUGGCACUGACAUGAUCAAGCACGAGCAUUUUGCCUCAAACGAGAUUCGAAAACGACUCGAUGAAUUACACGCCCUUUGGGACAAAUUGCAAUGGCAUCUCCAGCAGAAGGGACUCAAACUCGAUCAAGCAUUGAAACUCUUGCAAUUCGUGCGUCAAUGCGAUGAGGUUCUUCGUUGGAUUCGUGAUAAAGAAACAUUUGUCACAUCGGAAGAUUUGGGAAUGGAUUUGGAACAUGUUGAGGUUCUGCAGCGGAAAUUCGAGGAUUUUCUCAAGGAUCUUCAAAAUCAUCACUAUAGAAUCACAGAGAUCAAUGAAGCGGCAAGGAAAUUGGUUGAAGAGGGACACACUGAGCAUGAUCAGAUUUACAAGAAGAGAGAUGAGGUGAAUGACGCUUGGCACAAAUUGAACACCUUGGCCGCCACUCGUCGUGAAGGACUUUUCGGCGCUCAACAAGUUCAACGCUUCAACCGUGACGCUGAUGAGACUUUAGCCUGGAUUGCUGAGAAGGAUUUGGCUCUUUCAUCGAAUGAUUACGGUCGUGACUUGAACAAUGUGCAAGCUCUGCUUCGAAAGCACGAAGGAACCGAGCGAGAUCUGGCCGCAUUAGAAGCAAAGAUGCAACACUUGGAGAAAGAUCAACAAAGAUUGAUUGAAACGCAUCCCGAUCAUCAAGAUGCUAUUCAAGCUAAAAUGGAUGAAGCAAAGAAACAAUGGGAUGCGUUGAGGAGAAAGGCUGCUAAUCGUAAAGCUGGUUUGGAAAGAUCACAUAUGGUUCAUCGCUUCUUGGCCGAUUAUCGUGAUCUAAUCUCUUGGAUCAAUGACAUGAAGGCGGUGAUCUCAGCCGAUGAAUUGGCUAAAGAUGUUGCUGGAGCUGAGGCUCUUCUGGAAAUUCAUCACGAACACGAAGGAGAGAUUGAUGCUCGAGAGGAUUCUUUCAAACAAACCGCUGAAGCUGGACAAAAACUUCUCAAUGAGGGAGUGCCAGAAUCAUCGGAGAUUCAUCACAAUUUGGAGACACUUGCUAGGGAGAAGGCUGAACUCCUUGCUCUUUGCCAAGAGCGUCGAAUUCUUUAUGAGCAAUGUAUGGAUCUUCAACUCUUCUAUCGGGACACCGAUCAAGCCGAGACUUGGAUGAACAAACAGGAAGCUUUCUUGGCCAACGAGGAUUUGGGUGACUCUUUGGACGCUGUGGAGUCUCUUCUGAAAAAACACGAGGACUUUGAGAAAAGUCUAGCCGCUCAAGAGGAGAAAAUCAAUGCUCUUGACGAGUUUGCAUCUAAAUUGAUCCAGGGACAGCACUAUGCAGCUGAUGAUGUGGCUCGUCGUCGUCAGGCUCUUCUCAGCCGUCGCCGCCAUUUGAUGGAUCGUGCUGCUGAAAGACGCAGAAAAUUAGAAGAAAGCUAUCGUAGACAAACAUUCGAUAGAGAUUGUGAUGAGAUGUUGGCUUGGAUCACUGAAAAGUUGAAGACUGCAAAAGAUGACUCGUACUUAGACCCAACAAAUAUUCGUGGAAAGCUCCAGAAACACACGAACUUUGAGCAAGAGCUGAAGGCGAAUCGGAACAGAUUGGAUGAGAUUAAUGCAACUGGAGAUCAGAUUGUAAGAUCGGGACAUUAUGCGGCUGAUCAUGUGAGAGAUCGGCUGAGAGAAGUGGACGCGCUUUGGAAUGAAUUGGUCGAGGCGUCGAAUCGGAAAGCGGCGAAAUUGAGAGAGGCUGGCGAAGAGCAACAAUUCAAUCGGAAUCUCGAGGAUUUCGAGUUGUGGUUGAGCGAGCAAGAAGGACAGGCUGCCAGCGAGGACUAUGGAAAAGAUUUGGUCUCUGUGCAGAACUUGCAAAAGAAGAAUGCUCUUCAGAACUCUGAUUACCAAGCACACAAAGAUCGCAUGGAUGGAAUCAAGAAUCAGGCGACAAACUUCCAAGACAACGAUCAUUUCAAUGCGCCCGUUAUUCUCCGAAAAUACGAGGCUCUCCAAGGACGAUUUGAUACAUUGGCUGAUCCAUUGAUCAAGCGACAGAAUAAGCUCCAAGAAUCGCUUCAAGGAAAUCAACUCUUCCGUGAUAUUGAGGAUGAAUUGGCUUGGAUCCGAGAGAAGGAGCAGGUUGCCGCUUCCACAAACCGUGGUCGAGACCUGAUCGGAGUGCAAAAUCUCAUCAAGAAACAUCAAGCACUCGUCGCUGAAGUCACCAAUCAUGAGCCUCAAAUUGACUCGGUUGCCCGUGCCGCCGAAGAGAUGAUUGCUCAGGGUCACUUCUUGGCGCCGGAGAUUCGCGACAAAUUGGCUCAACUGAAGGACAAUUGGAGAGCGCUGAAGAACAAGGCUGACAAGAGACGAGGAGAGCUCAACGAUUCGCUUCAGGCUCACCAAUAUUUGGCUGAUGCGAAUGAGGCCGAGGCAUGGAUGGGCGAGAAGGAGCCGAUUGUCGGAAGUACAGAUUAUGGAAAAGAUGAGGACUCGGCUGAGGCAUUGUUGAAGAAACACCGUGCCCUCCUCUCGGACUUGGACGCUUUCAAGGGAACUAUCGAAGAUCUCCGAAAGCAAGCCGCUCAAUGCAAAUAUCAAGAGCAACCAGUUGGAGCACUUGGCCGUGACUGUGUGAUCGCUCUCUACGACUAUCAAGAGAAAUCCCCACGUGAAGUCUCGAUGAAGAAAGGCGAUGUACUCACUCUGCUCAACGCUUCAAAUAAGGAUUGGUGGAAAGUUGAAGUAAAUGAUCGUCAAGGAUUCGUCCCAGCAGCCUAUGUGAAGAAAAUGGAUGCAGCUACUGCUCAAGCUCACUCGCAACAACAUGUGAGCUCAAUUGGUGGGAAACAGAAUGAGAUCGAGGACCGCUAUAAUCGCCUUCAAAUGCUUGGAGAGGCUCGCAAAAGGAAGCUUGAAGAAGCCUGCAAGGGUUAUCAACUUCUCCGUGAGGCUAACGACAUGGCUGAAUGGAUUCGAAGCAGGGAGAACAUGGCAACUCAACAAGAUAUCGGAUUGGAUUUGGAACAAGUCGAAGUGCAACAAAAGAAAUUUGAUGAUUUCAAGGCUGAUAUGAAGGCACAUGAGGUCCGUCUCGCUGAGAUGAAUCAAAUCGCCACUGCUUUGACAUCAGUCGGACAAACAGAAACCGCUGUCCGCAUUCGUCAACAAAUCGAGGAUUUGAAUGCCAGAUGGCGCGCGCUUGAGGAGCAAGCCGAGCAACGUGAACAACAACUCGGAUCAGCUCACGAGGUGCAACGCUUCCAUCGUGACGUCGACGAGACUCGAGAUUGGAUCCAAGAAAAGGAUGAUGCCCUCGAUUCGGAUGACUUUGGAAGAGAUCUUCGAUCAGUGCAAGCAUUGCAAAGAAAACAUGAGGGAGUUGAGAGAGAUUUGGCUGCAUUGGGUGAUAAGAUCAAGAGUCUUGAUGAGAAGGCGAAUAGAUUGAGACAAAGCCACCCCGAGGCCGCUGAACAGAUCUUCGACUUGCAACGCGAGCUCACCGAGCAAUGGAAUAGACUCACCGCAAAGGCCAACAAUCGCCGUGAAAAACUUCUUGAUUCAUACGACUAUCAACGCUUUUUGACCGAUUAUCGUGAUCUUACGCAAUGGAUUCAAACCCAAACCGGUCUCGUCUCUAGCCAAGAACUCGCCAAUGAUGUGACUGGAGCUGAAGCUUUAUUGGAAAGACAUCAAGAGUAUCGAACGGAGAUUGAUGCUCGUGGAGCGACUUUCCACUCAUUUGAUCAAUUCGCUCGUCAAUUGUUGAACAAUCAUCACUACGCUUCGGAAGAUAUCGCCAAGAGACAACAAGAAGUGAAUGAUGGGAGAAUUCGAAUGGAAGAGGCUUGGGUGCACCGUAGAGAGAUUCUUGAUCAAUGUCUGAACUUGCAAUUGUUCCUCCGUGACUGUGAGCAGGCUGACUCGUGGAUGAGUGCUCGUGAAGCAUUCCUUAAUGCUGAGGAUCCGUCAGGAGACAAUGUCGAGUCACUUAUCAAGAAACACGAGGACUUUGACAAGGCGAUCAACUCACAACAAGAGAAAAUCCAUCAACUCAAGACUUUUGCCGAUCGUUUGAUCAACGAUGGACACUAUGAUCAAGGUGGUAUCGCUCGAAAACGAGACUCAAUUCUGGACCGUUGGGAUCGCCUGAAGACGCAGCUGAUUGAGAAGAGAAGCAAAUUAGGAGAAAGUCAAACAUUGCAACAAUUCUCCCGAGAUGCCGACGAGAUUGAGAACUGGAUCGCUGAGAAAUUCCAGGUUGCGCAAGAGGCUGACUACUGUGAUCCAACGAACAUCCAACAAAAGCACCAAAAGCAACAGGCUUUCGAGGCUGAGUUGGCUGCGAAUGCUGACCGAAUUUCCACUCUAAUCCACGCUGGUCAAAACCUUAUUGAUGGUGCGAAAUGCGCGGGUGGAGAAGACGCGGUCGGUGAUCGCCUUAAAGCAAUCAACGAUCAAUGGGAGCUUCUCGUUCGAACAACUCAUGACAAGAGCUAUCGACUCAAAGAAGCUAACAAACAGAAAUCAUUCAUGGCCGCUGUCAAAGACUUGGAGUUCUGGUUGGGCGAAGUGGAGAUCUUGCUCGCCAGUCCAGAUUAUGGAAAGGAUUUGCCAUCAGUGGAGAAUUUGCUGAAGAAACACCAAUUGUUGGAGGCUGAUGUGAAUGCACAUCAAGAUCGAGUAAAUGAGAUGAAUCAACAGGCUGACUCCCUUCUUCAAUCCGACCAAUUCGCCAAUCAACAAAUUGAUGAGCGCCGUCGUGCCAUCAAUGAUCGUUAUGAUCGUGUGAAACAACAAGCUAAAGAAAGAAGAGACAAAUUGAAUAAAGCACUCAAUCUUCACCAAUUCUUCCGUGAAGUCGAUGAUGAAGAAUCGUGGAUCAAGGAGAAGAAGCUCUUGGUCAGCUCGGAUGAUUAUGGAAGAGAUUUGCAAGGAGUGCAAAACUUGCGUCGUAAACAUCGCAGAAUUGACACCGAGUUGACGAGCCAUGAGCCAUUGGUGGAACAAGUGAGAACACGAGGAAUCGAAUUGCUGAGAUCUGCCGGAGAUUUGGGUGGAGAUGAGAUUCGAAAGAGAAUGGCUGACAUGGAAGCACAAUGGAGUAAUAUGAGAGAGAUGACAGCAAAGAGACAACAACGAUUGAACGAGAGUGAGGAGUUCCAGGAUUUCCUUGGAAAGAUAGAGGAAGAAGAAGCUUGGAUGAACGAGCGUCAACAAAUCCUCUCUUCACCAAACGUUGGAGAGAACAUGGCCGCUGUACAAGGACUUCUCAAGAAGCACAAGACUUUCGAGGUCGAUCUUCAACUUCACAAACAACGUGUCGCUGAUUUGAACAAGAUGGGCGAGGAUUUGAUCAACCGUGGAAAUCAUCAUGCUCCACAUAUUAAGCAGAGAUGUGAGCAACUACGCAACCGUCUUGCCGAGAUUGACAAUUUGGCUGUCUAUCGCCUCCAGAAACUCAACGACAACUAUGCGUAUAUGCAAUUCGUUUGGAAAUGCGAUGUGGUUGAGGGAUGGAUCGCUGAUAAGGAGAUCCUCGUUCGUUCCGACGAUUAUGGACGAGAUUUAUCCUCUGUGCAAAUCCUUCUCAAUAAACACGAUGCUUUCGAUACCGGGCUGAACAACUUUGAGCACGAUGGUAUUCAGCGAUGCACAGAGUUGAGGGAUCAAUUGAUUGCGAAUAAGCAUGCCCAGACACCGGCUGUGAAUAAACGAUAUGACAAUGUGAUCGCUCGUUGGCAACAAUUGUUGAAUAACUCGGAGGGAAGACGACAGAAAUUGUUGAAGAUGCAAGAACAGUACAGACAGAUCGAAGAGUUGUACUUGAUGUUCGCGAAAAAGGCCUCGACUUUCAACUCAUGGUUUGAGAAUGCAGAGGAGGAUUUAACGGAUCCUGUUCGUUGCAACUCUUUGGAAGAAAUCGUGGCUCUUCGUCAAGCUCACGACGAGUUCCAAGCGUCGUUGGCUUCAGCUGAAGAAGACUUUGUUCAACUUCAAUCACUCGAUCGCAGAAUCAAAUCCUUCAAUGUUGGCCCCAAUCCGUACACUUGGUUUACGAUGGAUGCUUUGGAGGAGACAUGGCGAAAUCUCCAGAAGAUCAUCAAGGAACGAGAGACCGAGUUGAAUAGGGAAAAGGCGAGACAAGAGGAGAACGAUCGUCUUCGUCGCGAUUUUGCUCGCUUGGCGAACGCUUUCCACAACUGGUUAACGCAAACUCGUCAGGAAAUGAUGGAAGCCGUUGGAACACUUGAGGAACAGCUGGAGGUCCUGAAAAAGAAAGCCGCUGACAUUCGCGCAAACAAGGCCCAAUUGCGAAAGAUUGAAGAACAAGGAGCACUCUUGGAGAGGAAUCUCAUUCUUGACAAUCGUUACACCGAACACUCGACAGUCGGCCUUGCUCAAGCUUAUGAUCAAUUGGAGCAAUUGGCGAUGAGAAUGCAACACAAUUUGGAGCAACAGAUCCAAGCUCGCAACCAGUCCGGAGUUACCGAGGAGGCACUUCGCGAAUUCUCCAUGAUGUUCAAGCAUUUCGAUAAGGAGAAGUGCGGUCGACUUGAUCACCAGCAGUUCAAGUCUUGUCUGCGCGCGUUGGGUUACGAUCUCCCGAUGGUUGACGAGGGACAACCCGAGCCCGAGUUCAACAGAAUUCUGGACAUUGUUGAUCCACAGAGAGAUGGUUGGGUAAAUCUGCAAGAGUACAUGGCGUUCAUGAUCUCUAAAGAAACCGAGAACAUCCAAUCAUCUGAAGAGAUCGAGAGCGCUUUCCGUGCUUUGUCAAAGGAAUUCCGUCCAUAUGUUACUGCAGAGGAGCUCUAUGCAAAUCUGACUCCCGAGCAAGCCGAGUUCUGCAUUCAGCGUAUGAAGCCUUAUCUGGACGCGAUCUCAAGCCGAAAUAUCCCCGGCGGUCUCGACUAUGAACAAUUUGUGCACACCAUGUUCCAAAGC